CGCCACUCCCCUUUUCUGCUUUCUCUUCUCAUUUGGUUGCAUUACUCCCGUUCCUGUCAAACUUUCUGUAAGGGCAAAAUCUUUUUGGUUCCCCCCCCCAGCCCCCUUCCUUGUCUAGCUUUAUAAACAAACACACUCACAACAUAAACGCGCAUGAAAGCAGAGCCCGGUGGGCCCUGCCUGUGAGCGGGUCUCUGUUUAAUGUCUUCUGAAUAGUUUGGGAAAGCAGCCGGCGCCAUGGGGCAGGUGGAGGAGCUGCUUAGAAUGGGCAGAAAGUUGGAGAAGAUGGUCUCCCGGAAGAGCAUGGAAGGAGCCCUUGAUCUGUUGAAGAAACUGAAUAGCUGCACAAUGACCAUCCAGCUGCUACAGACAACCAGGAUCGGUGUGGCUGUCAACACAGUCCGGAAGCAUUGCUCCGAUGAGGAGGUGGUGGCUCUGGCAAAAAUCCUCAUCAAGAAUUGGAAGAAGUUGUUGGAGUCAUCUGGGGCCCAGAAGAGUACAAAGGAGAAAGAAAAAAGUAAAGGGAUUGACAUUUCUGGCUGGAAGUCUGAAGACGACGUUUCUGUGAAACUCUCCAAAGGUUCUGAAGGAAAUAAAAAAGACAGGAAAUCAAACAAAUUCAUCUCUCCAUCAGCAACUCUAAAGAGUUCUUCUCUGGUUCCCAAGCCAGACAGAAGGGACUCCGAAGACUCGAGAUCUUCCACUUCCACAGCUGCCUCCACGUCAUCCUCAUCUCCCAAGCGACUCUCAGGGGAAAGGACACUUUCCACAAGCUCCAACCCUACUGAGCCUCGGAAAAACUCCACGGAUGGCAAAGAGGAGAGAUCCAAUAGCAAACCAAGGCCGGAUGUACCCAGGACACCAACUAGUCCCAUCUCUCCGACAUUUGCAUCUUCUGCCGUCUUUUUGCCGCCCUGCUAUCUGACCGGAGAUUCCAUCCGAGACAAGUGCAUCGAGAUGGUCUCUGUGGCUCUGCAAAUGGAUGAUGAUUACAAGGAGUUUGGGGUUAAUUGUGACAAGAUGGCAGCUGAAAUUGAAGAUCAUAUCUACCAGGAGCUGAAGGGCACCGAUAUGAAGUACCGUAACCGCGUGAGGAGUCGGAUCAGCAACCUGAAGGAUCCCAAGAACCCCAGCCUGCGCAGAAACGUGUUGAGUGGAGCCAUACCACCCAGCCUCAUUGCCAAGAUGACAGCAGAAGAAAUGGCGAGUGAUGAACUGAAGGAGCUACGGAACGCCAUGACCCAAGAAGCCAUCCGAGAACAUCAAAUGGCAAAGACAGGAGGCACCACAACAGAUCUCUUCCAAUGCGGCAAAUGCAAGAAGAAGAAUUGUACCUAUAAUCAGGUGCAAACACGGAGCGCUGAUGAGCCCAUGACAACAUUUGUGCUGUGUAACGAAUGCGGGAACCGGUGGAAGUUCUGCUGAUGCACCUUUCACCUGCGCGCACGAUGCUGGUGGCGACGAUGCUGUCCUUGCCCAACAAAAGAGAGAAGCUUUGACUGCCCACUGCAGAAACGGAAGCAGGAAAAGGGGAAAUCCUGAAACAUGAAGGUGGUGGAGUGUCAGCCCUAUAACCAUAUGGAUUCUAACAAAUGCAAUAUGAGUUAAAGAAAGACAAAAGGGUUGGGGGGAAAAUGCAGGCAGUGGUAUGAUGUGUUUCACUGUACGUAUUCUGUGAUCAUCUCAUGCAAAUGCAGAAUUUAGCAUCCUAAAAAUCUUCACUUUCCUAUUUUUCUUUUUUUAAAAAUAAGGUUCUUGGUCUUUGCAAGGAUAGACUUGGAAGUGGCCUAGAUAAUGUUUAGUGACAUCCUCAAGCCAGAGGUAGGGCUGAGCGAGAUUGUCAACCUUUGCGGCAUGCCAUUUCCAUUCCUUGCCGUGCUGUACGCCCUGCUCUGUCACUUGCCGUAGUCAAAGGAAAUCACAAAACGUAACUUCUUUUGUAGAUAAUUUUUUUAUCACAGAAUAGAGAUAUAUCUGAUCAUUAAUUACACAGUCCACUUUUGUGCCUCUGCUUAUACCUAAAUGUGCUGUUAGAGGACGGCUUCCAUUUGCAGACUUCUUGAGGGAGUCAGUCAUUGGAUGUAAGAGAACCAAGCGAUGCUUUCAACUGGAACAGUUGGAUGGUCAGGGUGAGUUGAAAGGUGAGCUGGGUGUGCUUUGCUUUCCAAGAAUGUCUGAAGUGUCCUCAGUGCCUUUGCUCACCUGCUGCUGAGCUUGCAGAAACAAAAUGUUUCCUCCACUGGCAAUCACAUAAAUUCUGAAUUCUCACCA